AUGGAUGAUGUUAAUGCUUCAACGACAACAGUGACAAAUGAAGAGAAUACCAAUGUUUUUAAGAGAAAAUCUAGUGAUGUAGGUUGGGAAUAUGGGAGAUUGGUGGAUCCUAACAACAAGGAUAAGGUGCGGUGCAAUUUUUGUGGCCAUGAAAGUACUGGAGGAAUAUUUCGUUUCAAGCAACACAUUGCUCAAAAUGCAAGUACUGUGCUUAAAUGCGCCAAGGCCACACAAGAAGCUAAAGAAUCAUGCUUGAAAGCUAUGGAGAAAAAUGCAAAAAAGAAGGAAGAUAAGGCUGCCCGUGAACGACAAUUAAGAGAUGAUAUGAUUGUUUCCUUUGGACAACAAGAUGAAGAAAUGACUUGUGUGGGUAGCUCAGAACCUCAUAAGUUAGGGCCUAUGGAUAAGUGGGCACUGGGCACAUCCUAUUGA